AUGCGUCAAUUGGAUUGGGCCUGUGAUGUGCUGAUCUUGACUGCAAUUUUGGCUCAUAUGUACUUUUCUCCCUACACCAAGGUUGAAGAGAGUUUUACAACUCAAGCGGUACACGAUAUUUUGACAUACGGCGUUCUAGAUAUUUCUGAGUAUGACCAUUUACAAUAUCCCGGGGUGGUUCCUAGAACUUUUCUUGGUCCAUUGAUUUUGGCUGUGCUGACACAACCUUUGCUAAAAGCGCUCUCUUUUAUUAAUGAAGCAGCUGCAGUUAAUGCUCAAUUUGUGGUGCGCUGUGUCAUUGGCGUUAUCAAUGGAUUGGGCCUCAUCUAUCUAAAGAACCAGGCCCAGGCUCUCUUUGAUCGUCGAAUUCAGGAAGCAAGCUCAAAGAAGAGCGAUGGAGACCAAAAAGCUACUAGAAAUAGCAGCAUUGGUGCUUUUUUUACUAUUUUUUGCAUUUCUCAGUUCCACCUAAUGUACUACGCGUCACGUCCUCUACCUAACUUCGUGGUUGCAUUGCCGCUGGUGAAUGUGUCAUUUGGUCUGGUUCUUGGUCAGCGUAGCUUUGGCCUCCCACUAUUACUUUUAUCGUUCGCUAGCGUGGUGUUCCGUCUUGAAUUGCUAGCGCUCACGUUAGGACUAGCUAUGUCACUCUUGUUAUCAAAAAAGAUUGGGUUGGCUAAGGUCAUGAAAUUUGGAGCACUUGGAGCAAUGUUGGGUGCCUCCGUGUCGCUCUAUAUCGAUUCCUUUUUCUGGCAAAAUUGGACGUUACCAGAGAUGGACGCCUUUUUCUUCAACGUUGUUGAGGGCAAGUCUGCUAAAUGGGGUAUUAUGCCCUUCCACACCUACCUCACAAGAUCUCUGCCGAUGAUAUUUUUGCCUCCCACAGUUUUACUCCUAAAUUACGUGGGAUUUCGGUCAGCGCCAAAGGAACUGAAACUGAUUGCGCAGGCUUCUUACUUUCACAUUUUUGUGCUUUCUUUCCAGCCCCACAAAGAAUGGAGAUUUAUUGCUUACACAAUACCAGCUAUCACCUUAGUUGCUAGCUGCGGAGCCUCUCGCGUUUUCAGAGUAAAAGGGUUUUCAGUCCUUAAAUUUCUAGUUGCUGUAUCACCAUUACUAUCACUGCUAACUUCCAUCUUAUUUUCUAUGAUCUCAUCCUUAAACUACCCUGGUGGAGAAGCUUUGAGACACUUUAACGAUUACGUUCAACAAAACGGCAUAAGAAAUGUCACUGUUCACAUGGAUGUUCCUGUGUGCAUGACAGGAGUUACGCUUUUUGGUGAGCUUGACAAAAGCUUGAAUAUCCAUUAUGAUAAAACGGAAAAUUUGUCCGAUCUAAGAGAUGUGUGGCCUUCAUUUGACUUCCUGAUCACGGCUAUCUCUAACCCUGAACACUUUGUUGUUCCAAAUAGAAUGGAGUGGAAACUCCUACAUACCACUAAGGCAUUCUCUGGCACUAACCUGGGAUUCUUCAAGCAACUAUUGAAAGCGGAGAUCGGCAACGAUUUCCCGUUGAUGCGUCAAAUGGUGGAUCAGCGUAGCGCAACUCCUGUGAUACGGGAGAUUCAAGAUCAUAUCACCAGCGAUACUCUGUUCACCUUCCAAAGGAAAAACUCGAAUUUGGAUUCAUGA